CUGAUUCAAACAAUAGAGGUUUCGUCCCCAAUCUCUUUGACUGUGGUGAAGCUGGGUGACAAUGCUGCUCUUUAUUGUAAAGCUUCUGAGAAAGCGCUUUACUCACUCACCUGGUAUAAGCAGCCCCUUGGGCAUAUGUUCCAAGAGGUAGCUUCUGUUGUGAAUGCUUAUAAAAGAAUGUCUGAUUCACGGUUCAGAAUUGUAGUAGAGGAGUCACAGCAUCUUCUGAUUAUUCCAAAUGUGACCAAAGGAGACGAGGCAGCAUAUUACUGUCAGACGCGAUCAAGACUUUCAGACACAUUUGUCAACGGCACAUUUUUGGCUGUGAUUGAGUACAAUCAGCAGGAAUCUGUUCAUUUCAAACAAAGUCCAAAUGCAGAUUUGGUUGAGCCCAGAGACACUGUGGCUCUUCAAUGUCCACUUUGUCGCAAGAAGAAGGAAAGUGGAGCGCGGUGUCAAGGUGAUCACGGUGUGUACUGGCUCAGAAGUGGAUUGGAGGGGUUUCAUCCUGGAAUCCUUUUCACACAGAGGAACAUUAGCAAUGAAGACAUGGAGAAAGGCUGUUCUUAUAGUCUUUCAAGGGACGGCCUCUCUGAUGCUGCGACUUUUUACUGUGCUGUGGUCACAUGUGGGCGGAUCAUGUUCAGUGGUGAGACGAGAGUGGAGAAAAAACCAGAACUGGAUCCUGUUGUCGUCGUGCUUGGAGGACUGUUGGCCUGCUCAGUUACUCUGACUGUCCUCUGUGUUCUUUAUGAUGGUCGAGCAAAUGAAGUGAACUAUGGAUCGGUGGAAUUUCAAAAUGAUGAGUAUCAACACGUCGUCCUGCUGACCAAGAAACAGAGCCUGAUUCAGACUGAAGAGGUCCCUCGUCAUAUAACUCUGACCGAACUUGAACUUGGUGCCAAUGUUACUUUCAGAUGUUCAAUUCUUAAAAAAAAUAGAUUCCUUCAUUGGUACAAACAGGCUCUGGGAAAAAUGUCUCAAACCAUUGCCUCAGGAGUUUAUGCCAAAUUAGAGAAAACUGAGCCAUUCAGAGACCAACGUUACCAAGUCCAAAAAGCAAAUGGUACAUGGUCACUUACCAUCUCUUUUGUGGACAAAGAGGAUGAAGCCCUAUACUUCUGUCAAAGUGGAACAGAAUAUUUACAAACCUUCAUCGACGGAUUUUACUUAGCUGUAAAAGAUGAUGAUCAGCAGACAGCUGUUUAUGUGGAUCAAACCCCUGACAGGGCCGCAGUCUGGGAGGGAGACUCUGUCACACUCCACUGUUCACUGCUCUCCCAAAAAAACCAAAGUCCCGUGAAGUGUCCAGGUAGCAACAGUGUCCACUGGUUCCGAGCUGGGUCAGGAAAAUCCCAACCCAGUUUUAUUUACCGAAACAACAACAGCACUGAUGACGACUUCGGGAGAAAGUGUGUGUACAGUUUUUCCAGAACAUUGCAGGACUCAUCUGACGCUGGGACCUACUACUGUGCUGUAGUUACUUGUGGAGACAUACUGUUCGGUAAAGGAACCCAAGUGGACACACGAACAAAACCAGGCCUGCUGAUUUGUGUCCUUGGAGGACUCCUAGUCUGUUGUGUGAUCGUGAUUGUCUUUCUUCUUUUCUACAUAAAUAGAGAGCGAGCGGGAAUCAGGGUUUCUCCUUGUCUAAGAAAUGAUGUUUUGACUGAAGACCGAUCGAGUUAUUUGGACAAAGAUGAAUAUGCACUGAGCUAUACAGCACUCAGUUUUUCCAGAAAAAACAUCACACACAGCAACAAGAGGAGAGACCAUGCAGAGUGUGUGUAUAGUGGUGUCAGAGAAAAAGUCCAAAGCCAUACACAGCUGUCACUGCAGGCAGAACAAUGUUUGUGAAUCAAUGCCAUAUCGACUUGAUAGCGAUGAGACUAAGCUAUCAAAUAUUGUUUUAUAUUGUACUAUACAGUAACAUUGAAGCCAAUAUUUCUGUUUAUUUUCUGUUUGGAGAUUUUGUUGAAAUUAAAAGGCUGUUUCGAUCAGUGAUUGCAAGAAUAAUUAAUUUUCAUAUUUAUCUGAAGUAAUCAAAAAUCCAAAUAUAACACAUAGAGUACGGAAAAGACAGUUUAGCUGCUCUGUGAAAGUUUUGAUGACGUAAAGGCAUUAAUACAGAGUAAAUUGUACUGUACAGAAGCUGAUGUAACUGGUCUUGAAUAAUAGAUUUUAAUCCGUGUCCAAAUUUCAAUGUCCUGCAUGUUCAGUGUAAAGUGAUAUCAAAAGCGAGAAAUGGACAGAGACAGUCAUAAGAGGACUGCAGGGAGGAAACUGCAACAGUUUUUAUUUGUGAUGAGGGAGAAGAUGUCAAAGUAAAAUCUUAAGUCUUUUAGUUCUUCUUCUUUCCAACUCCCACCUAUGAUGAG